CCUCGAACUCCUCCACCACACAUCACUCCCUUGGAACGGCAAUGGCACCAGCCGUGAAGAAGCCUGCGGGCCAGGUUGUGCAGGCUGAAGUCGCCCUUCUUCAGUCGUUGAAGAACUGUUUUGUCAACCUCCCUCCCAGCUUGGUUUCCGUUCUGGUAAACGCGAAUGCGAUCGCGCAGAAUGUCGUCGUCGAACUUUCGUACCGUCAAGCUUCGCCGGCCGGGACGGUAGACGCGAGAAAUCCCAACCCCUCCAAGUCAGUUUUCCUGGGAUGGACGGGCAUGCAAAGCAAGCGCAGAAUUGCGCCCGUGGUCACCGGUGAUGGUCUGAGCAGUGCUCGAGGAGGACCUCCAGCGAGUCAAGAUGUACAAUGCGUUGAGGUGGACGCUACGUUUGCGCGGCUUAUUGGUCUUAAUGAGGGACAGAAAGUUGGCGUCUCGCUGCAUCUGGACCCUCCUCAGGCUCAUACCAUCAACAUCGAGCCAUUGACCCCUGUUGACUGGGAGAUGAUUGAAUUGCAUGCCCAGUUCCUGGAACUGAACUUCCUCUCUCAGAUACGCGCGUUGCCAAAUCCUCAAGCAGGUUCCUCGCAUCCGCUUACCCUUCAUUUGUCCCCCACCACGACUGCGAAUAUCAUCGUGACCUCCGUCACCCCAGCCCCUCCAGCCGGAUCUUCCUUUGUCAAGAUAUCACCUGAUGCGGAGGUCAUUGUCGCACCGAAAACCCGCCAGAAGACGGAAAGGGCUUCGACGAGGGAGAGUCGCAGUGUGGGCGGUGCCUCGAGAAAGAGUGGAAAGAGCUCGGCCAGCACUGUGCGCCGACGCAGUGGCAGGGAGGACCACAGCGGCCGCGGUGCAUUAUUCCUCCGCGGACUGGACCGAGGCGUCGUAAGGGAGUGGUUCGAUGAGGAGGAGGACACGGAUAUCGAAGGCCUCAGAGUCUGGGUGGAUAAAGACCUCUUACUUACGAAAGCGUUAAGGGGCGUGACGUGGGCGUCUGUUGCCGUCGUGAAGCCUGCUGGGCUGCAGGAGCCGGUUGACAUGUCCCAGUCGCAAGAACAGGAGAAGGUGGCCACCCGUGUGGUUGCGAAGUUGGGGGCCUGGGAGGAUGCACCCGACAGUCGCCACAUCGUGCUCUCCACCGACCUGUGCAGAGUGCUUGGCGUCGAAGGCAUGGUUGGCGGGCUGGUCCGCCUCGAGGGAGCUCCAAGCCAGGCUUCUAGACCUUCCACUCUCAAAACCAAGGAGUCGGGGAAACCAGACUCCAAAGAACAGGUGGUAAAAGCGAUCAAAAUUCUACCCUUUUCGGCAGCUGGCAGCCAGAGCAAUGCAGCGCUCAAGUUCGGCGGCGAGUCCAAGCUGGAACGUGAGGAAGCCAUUCAGAGACUAAAAUCAAUAUAUGGACGAAGGAAUGGGCUUCUGGACGGACCUGUCUCCGAUGGCAUGUUGCUGCCACCUCCUAAAGAACCUGUUGUUGGAUGGGAGGGUGGUAUUGUUCGAUUUGAACCUGCUCAAGACUUGGGCUCCGUCUCAUGGGUCUUGUUCCCGGAGCGGAAACCGACACUGGAACUGGGGCAGGCGAUCUCUAGGCCUUCGACUCUGCUGAAAGGCUGGCAACAGGGCGAAGCCCUACCGGCGGAGCCGCCUCACUUGGUUGGGAUUGAAUCCCCCGUUGAGCAGGUCAGGGGUCACCUUGCACACCACUCUUCGGUUCUUCUCACAGGUGGCCUCGGUUCUGGCAAAUCCACUUGCGCCCAGCUUCUGGCCCACCAGCUGCGGACGGAAUAUCUUUUCAACACCGUCUACUUCCCCUGCCGCAAACUAGUGACUGACGAGACCCGAGUUGCGACCAUCAGAGAGUCAUUGACCAGACUGUUCGCAUCGGCUGCAUGGGGUGCAAGGCCUGGUGGAAAUGCUGUGGUCAUCCUUGACGACCUCGACAAGCUGUGUCCGGUGGAGACUGAACUUCAGGUUGGCAACGAGAAUGGAAGGAGCCGCCAGCUUAGCGAGAUGGUCAUCUCUAUCGUCAGGCAAUACUGUACCAUGGACUCUGGUGUAGUCUUGCUGGCAACUGCCCAAGGCAAGGAGUCAUUGAACAAUGUCGUCGUUGGCGGCCAUAUCGUUCGCGAGAUUGUCAGCUUGAAGGCACCAAAUAAAGAGGGUCGUCGGAAGGUGCUAGAGAUGCUCGCCUACAAAGACGAGAAGACCCAAGCCAACAAGCCAAACAGAGCCUCAUCAGGACCGACGUUUUCGCCGCCAUCAUCUGCCAGCCGGCCAGACUCCGCAGGCAACCAGAGCCAGCGGUCGCACAGUGAUGAGACGGACGGCUUCGUCGUCGACACCUCGAUAGACUUCCUCGACCUCGCUGGCCAAACAGACGGAUACAUGCCUGGCGACUUGGUCCUCCUCACCUCCCGCGCUCGUAACGAGGCCCUCAUACGCUCGGUGAGUGAUGCGGAAUCCGGACCCGUUUCCUUGACUAGAGAAGACUACAUAAACGCCCUUUCCGGCUUUACCCCUGCCUCCCUCCGAAACGUCACUCUGCAGUCCUCGACCACCCGCUGGGAUUCUAUCGGCGGGCUCCACGAAACCAGACAGAUUCUCCUAGAAACACUACAGUAUCCCACAACGUACGGCCCCAUCUUCGCCCAAUGCCCCCUCCGCCUCCGCUCCGGUCUCCUCCUUUACGGCUAUCCUGGCUGCGGCAAAACGCUCCUCGCCUCCGCUGUAGCGGGCGAAUGCGGCCUCAACUUCAUUUCCGUCAAAGGCCCUGAAAUCCUGAACAAAUACAUUGGUGCUUCCGAGAAGUCCGUCCGAGACCUCUUCGAGCGGGCUGAAGCUGCCAGACCAUGCGUACUCUUCUUCGACGAGUUCGACAGUAUUGCGCCGAAGCGAGGGCACGACUCUACGGGUGUGACGGAUCGCGUGGUCAAUCAGCUGCUGACGCAGAUGGAUGGUGCAGAGGGCCUGUCCGGCGUCUAUGUGUUAGCUGCCACGAGUAGGCCUGAUCUCAUUGACCCCGCGUUAUUGCGUCCGGGACGUUUAGAUAAGAGUCUGAUUUGCGACUUGCCGGGUCUCGAAGAGCGCAUCGACAUCCUGAAAGCCGUCACCGGAAAACUCCACCUCGCACCCUCCGUCCUAGGUACCGGCAACGAAGGCCAGAAUCUCCGCGAAAUUGCGCGCAGAACAGAAGGGUACUCGGGCGCAGACCUCCAAGCGGUCGUCUACAACGCCCAACUCGAAGCUAUCCACGACGUCCUCGGUGAGACAGAGCUAGGGGAUCCGACGAAGAGUGAUGCUGGGAAGAAGAACGGCGCAUCAAAUGGUGUCAAGGUUAGCGGGAAAGAGAAAGGUAUACCGGAAUUCACGCAUUUUCGGUUUGGCGAUAAGCUGGAUGCGGAUGGGGACGAGAACGCUCAUGAUCCCGCGCCCUCGUCCCUGCUAACGGAGCGCGCAAUGAUCGCCUCUAGAAUCGCGGACCUUCAAGCUAUGCGUCGGAAACUCAAAUCUCAGCACCAUAUCCGGCCUUCCAGCAGGGAAGGCGUCCAAGGAGCUGGAGCGCCAAGUAAGGGGCAAGAAGGAGUCGAUGGGAGCAGGAAAGACCCCGAGAUCCAGUGGAAACACAUCGAGAGUUCGCUGGCGACGACAAGGAGUAGCAUCUCUGCGCAGGAGAGGAGGCGAUUGGAGGGGAUUUAUAGGGAGUUUACCGAAGGGAGGAAUGGGGAUUUGCCGAGUGGACAGGGGGGAGCGGAGAUUGGGGGGCGGACGAGUUUGAUGUAGGUGAUUGUCAGAGGAAAGGGGAAAAGCAGGGGCACGGGGGUGAGUUGUAAAAUGGGGAUAUUCGACUUGUGGGGUUCGGAUAUGCAGGUUGUACGACUGUUGCGCCUGAAUCUUCUGUGGGUGUGUUAAUAUGUAUACUUCAUUGGCGGAGACUCGAAUGCUUUUUGGUCGCUGUGUACUGAUCGAAACACGAGUACUGCGGUCAAUAUCAAAACGGAACCGAUAGAAGAACAAACUCGCAAUUGCUCUUAAGAUGCACGAACAGUUCCCCAUUCACAGAAAGAAAUCAAACCAUGCACGGGAUAUACCAUCCAUCAGGCUUCUUGCCCAUCCGCUUCAGCCACCAUCCUCCCUUCUACCGAUCAAAAUCCCGUCCCACCCCGUCCUCCCUCAUCCCCUCUUCAAUUCAACCCGUAAGCUAUUUUUUGCCCACAACCUCCGACGCCUUCUCUGCGGCCUCCCCAGCCAAUCCCUUCGCCUUCAACGCCGCAUCC